AUGGGUGAUUUUCUGUACGGCGGUUCGGUUCUGACGAAUGAUUCGUGCGUGUCCAGCCAGUCGCUGCUCGACACGUUGAGUAUCAACAAUCUGUUGAACAUUAAGCACCUGACAAACGGAUCAGGUAGCGGAGCCGGUGGAGGUGGACUCAGUCCUUCUCAGUCGGAACCGUCAGUGAUUGUGAGCCCUGGGUCGUCUUCCCUGAUAGGAGACUCGCUCGUCGUCGUCGAUAACAACAACAGUGCUAGUCUCAUCGGCAACGGUGGUAGUUCGAAGUCCAGCCACAAAGCCAACAUGCCAGCAACGAGCAAUGCCGGAGGCCAAAUGGCCGAGGAGUCGGGACUGCUGAUUACCAACUCCAGCAACUCAGCAGGUACCAUUCCAACCAUCACAACGGCCAUCUCGUCGGAGUGUUCCCUUACUCCAUCGAGCGUGAAUACUUUGUCCCUUCAAUUGACAACGCCGCAGUCCGAUGACGAUGCAUCCACCUCGUCCCUGCUGAAUGGAGCCGGAGGCUCGAUUGCCUCCCCGCUCGCUUCGCUGAACAGCCACAAUCAUAGUGCUAACGGCAGCAGCAGUAACAACAACAACAGUUCUAACGUAACCAACAACAACCUACUGAUCGAAAACUCCGAGCUGCAUCUCCCCAGUGCGGCCGAAGAGCUGAGCCUUAAGGGCGCCGACCUCAGCUGUCUGGGAGUCGCCUCCAACCUAAUGAACGGAGGUUCAUCGUCGCACAUGGUUCUUCCCCCGAACGGGUUGAACUUCGGAAACCCGUCGGAUCACAACAGUCCCUGGUCGACCAGCUUGGACGAAGCAACCAGCUCGCACCUGUCGAUUAACGGAUUAGGAGGUUUUCAAAACUUCUCCAACAACCACCUGUACAACGGAGCUGCUGCAACUGCUGCAGCGGCAGCAUUCGCCGCCCAACAGCAGCAGCGCCGAGCCAUCACGGCUUCUCACGGUGGAUUCCCGCAUCAUGGCCUCUCGCCAAACAACACCGCCGUCGCUCCGAACCACUUGCUCCAACAUCAGAAUCAAUCACAGCAGCAAAGCCAGUUUAAAAAUUCCUAUCCUACCUGGUCCAAUCCUGCCCCAUCUGGUCCGUGGUCCCAGCAGCAACAACAGCAGCCCCAACAGCAGCAGCCACAGUCUCAGCAGCAGCAGCAGCAGCAACAACAGAAUCCAAUGAGCUCGUGGAACCGCGGACGUUCCGUUCCUAACAUGAAUCUCACCAGUGGACUAUCGGGCGGAGUUCUCCACUCCCGCAAACCGCACAAUCCCAACUCCCAUUCUCAAGCGUUGUCACCCUACGCUAACCAUCUCCAUCAGCAGCAGCAACAACAGCAGCAACAACAACAGCAACAACAGCAGCAGCAGCAGCAACCCCAUCUUCAACAAUCGCUUAACAUUGCCUCAAAUCUGAUUAACUCACCCUCCAAGUACCGCCGCAGUACUUCCUACCCGGGCAAACCGGGAAUGCCCAACUGUAUCGGAGGUGGUGGUGGAAGCGGCAGUAACGGUGGCAACGGAGGCGGCGGUGGCUUUGGUGCCGGCCCGCUGGAUGUCGUCUCGCUGGAUGACUCCCGGGAUCCGUUCCUGUCGUCGUAUCAGGUAAGUACCGAACCGGGAACCCGGAAUGGGCAGCCAACAAACUGCCGCUCGCUUACUGUCAGUAGCACUAAAUAA